UGGUCCAAUUUCGCAUGCUCUUCCCCUACCCAAUUUCGCAAGUUCCCAGUAGUCUCCCUCCUUUCUUUUGCGGGGAAAUUUCGUCCUUGAAUCUCUAGGGUUUCAUUGAUCUCCACUGAUCUGGGUCUGAUUAAGUGAUUAUGAGUCAUCUCUCCGGUGAUUCCUUAUGUGUUUCAUCCCCUGUAAAACCCUCGAAUUCGCUGAAGAAUUCGAGCAAUCGACGACUCCGGAGGUAAUCCCGUUUGUUCUCAUGCAAAUCCCCCAUCUGGGUUCUCAUCCAUUUGUAGAAAAUCGGUCUGGUUUCUGCGCUUUUUGGCUUUAGGGGUUUUCUAGACCAUUUGAAUAGUUACAAUCUGGGUUCGGCAAUCGAAGUUGUCCCCAGGGCGUUCAUCUUCCGCCAUGGACGACGGCGAGGUUGAUUUCUCGCACCAGGAAGUGUUUUCCAGCACAAACAUGCCGGAGAUUCCAACCAGCGGCUCGAUGGACAGUUUCUUCGACGAGUUGCUGAAAGACGCUCAUGCGUGUACUCACACGCACACUUGCAAUCCCCCCGGUCCCGAUUAUUCCCACACUCAUACUUGCUUCCAUGUGCAUACGAAAAUUGUCUCGGCUUCUUCAGACGAUAAGCUUGACAGCGAUGACAAUGCGGAAUCUGUGGAUAAGAAGUCAAAGAAGCGGCCAAUAGGUAACAGGGAGGCAGUGAGGAAGUAUAGGGAGAAGAAGAAGGCGAGGGCUGCGUCUUUGGAGGAUGAAGUUGUGAAAUUGAGGGCUUUGAACCAGCAGCUAAUGAAGAGGCUACAAGGGCAGGCUGCUUUGGAGGCAGAGAUUGCAAGGCUCAAGUGUUUGCUUGUUGAUAUUCGUGGAAGGAUCGAAGGGGAGAUUGGAUCUUUCCCCUAUCAGAAACCUGCGGCUGCUGCUAACUUGAAUUUGACCAAUCCAAGUGGGCACGGUGCUUAUGUGGUGAACCCUUGUAACAUGCAGAGUAAUGAUCAAGCCUAUUGCUUGCAUCCUGGGAUGGAUGAUGGGAAAAGCGCAGCGGAAGGUGUGUCUGUAAAUGGACAAGUCUACACUGGUUGUGACUUUGAGAAUCUUCAGUGUAUGGUGAAUCAAACCUCUGGGAUCAAGGAUUUUUCACUCUGUGGUGUCGGAAAUACCGUUGCUGGAAAUGGAAGUUUCCCUGGCUCCAGCAAGAGAAAAGGAGCAAAUCCAUCAACAGUUCCUUGAAGAGAUAUCCAGAAGGUGUUGUUUCUUCUAACAAUGCUUGUUGUGCCUGCCCGCAGACGUCUCUGUUUGUUGAGCAGCAGGCAGCUUUGCAAAUCAGCUGUCACAGGUUGCAUAUGUUGGGUUUUGUUAUUUCAAUCGUUUCUUUCAGCUAGUUUUUCCUUUUUUGGGUCCCCCCCGAGUGUGUUAGGCUCCAUCUUUUUGGUCAAUGUUCCAGGAUUCUUUCUUUUGGCCUUCCGUCUGCAGAAUGCUUUGUAAAAUCAGUUCUUUAAUGUGCCUGUAGAUAUAGGUGAGACUCAGUAGUAGGGAUGAAUGCUACCCUUUUUUUUUUUUUUUUUUUCUGUUUGGUCCUAAUAUUUUAAC